AUGGCCUCCCAGCGCAGCGGUGCGCCAUUUUCGUCAGUGGGAACUGUCGCCGCCCGGUACGGCCCCCCCGGUCACCUGAUGGCCGCUGACGACGCCACGCUGAUUUCUCCGUGCCCUCCGGAAGUCGCAUCCACUUUUCCUGCCCCUGCUGUCUCCAGCCGGAGACCUCUUGCCCAGCGCGACUACGCCCGGAGUUGA